AUGGCUCCGGUCAGAGGUGACCGAACAGCUCAAAACUCUGGCAACAGGCGUCCCAACGACCGUACCCAAACUAGCACCUCGACAGAAGAACAGAAUCAAUACGGCUCCCCUCCCACGCAGUUAUUUUCUCAAUUGGUUGCAGGUGUCGGCUCACAAUUCCAAAUCUUCGAAUCUGAAAUAUUUAUAUCUGAAUUGGAGGAUGAAUUAAACCCAAGCCCCAUAGGGGAUAUUCUCAGAGGAUCGGAAUCGCAACAAUCGCCAUAUCGAGUAGGAAAACGCCCGGCACGCCGAAAUGCUUUCUCAAGUCACCGGCAAAUACAUUGGAACAGCAGGCUUUCUGGGAUAUUGAGCAAUACCGACGAUGUGAUAAGAGAUGUAUUAGAUGGCGUUCACACUAAUUCUUCAUACAGACAGUUCAAUAUACGUGGAGGUAUAAAUCAGGGACACGAACGACAUAGCAAUAUGGAUGCACAAGUCGAUAUGGAAAGAGGUCAGAGCUCUACUCACCAACAUAUGGAAGACAAUCCCCGGAAUCUGCCAACAGAGGGGAUCCCCUACAUUGAGAACAAUAGUGGGACCAGACAACAGUACAAUGCUGCGGAUCCUAGUUCACUGUCUAGCCCCCCGUUUUCCAAUCUCAUGACGGGUAUUGCAGACCUCAACCUGGAAUCCCGGGCGCGGGAAAUCCAAACCCGAUCAGGAUAUAAUCAAGCACAGUGUCCUCCUUCUCCGUCAUCACUAGAAGCUCAUCACAGCGAAGAAGCCUUUUCAGAUCUUGAUUUCAAUGAAUGA